GCAGAAAAAGUUACUCCCAAAGAAGAAAAAUCCUGGGCUCUUCCUUUAACCUGACGUCAGAUCUGUCUUUAAUAAAGCCUCCUGAAAGCCAAAGGGAAAAAAGUCAGCACUGCUGUCAACUGGAGCGGCUGCAAUUGCUCUUCUGCAUUCCCUCAAGCUGGUGUAUUUAUUUGUUGCACAGGAGUUACAUUUUUUGAAAAACAUAUACAAAGAUCUGGGUUCAAUCAAUGUAUUUCGCCCUGGCUUCCAGUGAUGAGGUGGCUUCUGCCCUGGAUUCUAGCAACACUUGGCAUCUUGCAGGCCUUGUCCCAGAACUCUACCACCAUCAGCACUACCACCAUGUCCCCAUCCGCCACCUCUUCUUCUGUGACGGAAGUUUACACGCGGACACAGUACUGUAAGUGGCCAUGCGAGUGCCCAAAGACACCUCCCGUGUGCCCAGCUGGGACCAGCCUGCUCACUGAUGGUUGCGAGUGCUGCAAAAUGUGUGCCAAGCAGAUUGGGGAGAACUGCACCGAGGCGGACAUCUGUGAUGUCCACAGGGGCCUGUACUGUGACUACAGCAGAGACAGACCUAGGUACGAAAUAGGAGUGUGUGCACAAAUGGUGGGUGUAGGCUGUCUCCUCAAUGGCAUCAGGUACAAGAAUGGAGAAUCCUUCCAGCCCAAUUGCAAAUAUAACUGCACCUGCAUCAAUGGAGCCGUGGGCUGUACCCCGCUGUGUACAGACUCCAAGCCACCCCUCGUCUGGUGCCCAAACCCUCGGCAGAUCAAGAUGACAGGCCAGUGCUGUGAACAGUGGGUCUGUGACUACUCCAAGAAAAUUAGGAAGACUUCCCCACGCCAUAUCUCCUCGGCAGUUUAUGAAGGUGAAAUUGAGACCUGGCAGAAAAACUGCAUCCUUCACACCUCUUUCUGGAGUCCCUGCUCAAAGACCUGUGGGAUGGGCAUCUCUACAAGAAUCUCGAAUGACAAUGACCAGUGCCGUUUGAUGAAGGAGAGCCGGCUCUGCAACCUGAGGCCGUGUGAGGAGGACAUUAUCAAGCACAUUAAGCCUGGGAAGAAAUGUUUGGCAGUGUACAGGAGGGAUGAGCCAAUGAACUAUACGCUCUCCGGCUGCACCAGUGAGACCACCUACCGGCCCAAAUACUGUGGCGUCUGCACAGACAAUCGCUGCUGCACUCCGUACAAAUCCAAGACCAUUGAAGUGAACUUUCAGUGUCCAGACGGGACUGGAUUCAUCAGGAAAACCAUGUGGAUCAAUGCCUGCUUUUGCAACCUCAGCUGCAAAAAUCCCAAUGACAUCUUUGCCGAUUUGGCUCAUUAUCACGAUUAUUCGGAAAUCGCCAAUUGAGUCGGCUGAAUGCUGGAAAGCAUGGAAAGGGGUGGGAGAAAUGGACCAACCGCCCAGAUCCUAUAUAUUAUUACUCUGAUUUUACAGAGGAUCAGAAAUAAAUCAGAAUCUUUUCAUUCA